AUGAUUUGGCGCGUCUGUCUCCUGGCUGUGGUGGCCUCGGCCCUUCAGACUUUGCCUCCUAUUAAAUUCGAUGAUCCUGAUCCAAGCGCGACUGAGGCCUUCUCAUUGGCUGAUGUUAGUAGGACCAUCUACGUCCAGUCCGAUUUCGCAUCAUGGAGUGAUCAAAAUAGCCUGACUUUGAUCCCACCAUCAGUCGCAGAAUUUGCAGAGACUUUUCGUGAUGAUAUAGAGGAGCUGACCAAUUCCUCCUGGCAAUUGCGCAGAGUCACAGAUUUUCCUAAGGGCGCGUCGGGUGUUUUCCUGGGGCGAUCUGAUGCAUCGGCCGGCAAAUUCACAUAUGAGGAUGGUACCGAGACAGAGGAAGGGUAUGAAUUACUCGUCGAUCGGCAUUCAAUCUCCAUUCUUGGAUCAGGAGCCCGUGGAGUAUGGUGGGGAACACGCACGCUGCUUCAACAGAUUGCUUUGAAUCCAGAUGGCCUCCCUCUACGCCGCCUGAGCGAUGCACCCGCGUACCCUACCAGAGGUUUCAUGCUUGAUGCUGGACGCAAAUGGUAUUCACUGAAAUACUUGAAGGAUCUUUGCACCUAUGCCUCAUUCUUCAAGCUAUCUGAGUUUCAUUACCAUGCGACCGAUAAUUACCCUUUGAGUCGAGGACCCAACAAAACAUGGAACACAGUGUAUUCACAAUUCGCUUUGAGACCUGAAGAUCCCGCCUUAAUGCCUCUUGUACAAAGAGUGAAUGAGACACUUUCCCGGUCGGACUUUGACGAUUUUCAAACUCACUGCGCGCGAAGGGGAGUUACUGUGAUUCCCGAAAUCGAGAGUCCAGGUCAUGCGUUGUCAAUCACAAAAUGGAAGCCUGAACUUGCCUUGGCAGAGGAGGAUCUUCUCAACCUCACUCAUCCCGAGACUAUUCCACUGAUCAAAUCUAUCUGGUCUGAGUUUCUACCAUGGUUCCAGACUACAGAGGUUCAUAUUGGCGCGGACGAGUAUGAUUCGACUCUUGCCGAUGACUAUAUAAGCUUCGUGAAUGAGAUGUCCUCUUUUAUUCAGGAGACACAUGGAAAGAAAAUCCGCAUCUGGGGGACCUAUGAACCUUCGACCUCCAUGUCAAUAAGCAAGAACAUUACCAUCCAGCAUUGGCAAUAUGGACAAUCUGAUCCAGUUAGCUUGGCGCGUGAAGGAUACAAGAUCAUCAAUUCUGAGGAUUGGUGGGCCUACCUUUCACUCAAGAACAAUCAUGUUCCAAUCACACCAGCUCCAUAUCCUCAAUUUUUCAAUAACACGCGUGUAUUGAACUUCGGCGAUAUUGAAGGUUGGCAGUGGACUCCGGACCUAUUCAAUCCGGUCAAUACAACAGAGCAGCCGACUCAGAAUGCCGUCCGUGGUGCAAUUCUUGCAGCUUGGAAUGAUAAUGGACCCGAUGCGACUACUCAGUUAGAGUCUUACUAUGCCAUAAGAAAUGGCAUUCCCGUUGUCGCAUCUCGUGCGUGGUCAGGAACUCGUGGACCACUGCUUAUUGAAUCGACUUUAGAUGAUUCGAUUGCUAUUCUCACUGCAAAUGCUGUAUCCCAAAAUCUCGAUCGAGACGUGCCAAAGGAUCAAUCUGGUCAUAUCUACAACAUCUUAUCAUGGACUCGCUCACACGACGAGGCAUCAAAGUCGCAUCACCGAAUCGGUCUUGGAAGUAAGGGUAUGAACUAUACACUGGAACUCAAUGUUACCGGUCCAUUCGCUCUUCACUCCGAGGAUGCGACACUUUCUCUUUCAGACGAUGGUCAAUUGGUAUUUUCAGCGGACGGGUGGCCGUAUCCCUUACGCUCGGUUUCCGAAUCCGAUGGGUUCGAUCCGCAAGAACUCGGUCAGAUUUGGGCAAAUGCAACAAGUUCUACCCAUACAGUAUUGAACACUUCCUGUCCCUGCAGCAUCACUAUCCAAACCGACCAAUUUGAAGGUAGUAGAGCUUGGGUUGAUGGUGAAUUCGUGGGCCGCUUCGAGGUCUUCGUUUAUGGCGGGAAAAACCAGGUCUUUUCGUGGAGCCAGAUGGCUUUUGUUGCGCCACUGGAAUAUGUUGUUGGGACUGGACUGCAAGAGUUAUCUUUGACAAAUCAUUUAUAG